UACAUUAUAAUACAGUUGAUAUAUUUUACACCUGAGUUGAGAUAUGAUUAACAUUUUGACACUUUUGCAGACUUCAGAGAGAAGGAGAGAGGGGGGAGAUACAGAGAAAUAGUGUCACAGAGAGAGAGUGUCACAGAGAGAGAGAGAGAGAGAGAGAGAGAGUAACAUGCCUUUACCUCAGAAAGUCAGUUACCUCAUCACAAAUAUCAACAUCAAUAUCAAGUUGUCCUCUGUAGCUCCGUUGUGUAGCAUGAGGAUAGAGGGAAAAAAUGUAUGCACGCAUAAGAGUCGCUUUGGAUAAAAGUGUGGCAUUUUUUGGCAUAGAAAAGCCUGUAAAUGGAUAGCAACACAGACGUGUGUCAUUAGAGUGGAGAGGCUUGAACUUAGAUAAUGAUGCUAAUGAGAACCACAAUGGUGGAGUCCUGUGAUGGGGCAGAUGAAUGGACCAGUGGGAGGGGUAAGAACCCUAAUUGACAUGUAAAGGUGGUUAUUUUAUAACACAGAGGGAGGUCAACUGACCAUUCUCAAUGUUGAUUACAGGAGGUUGUUGUAUUCAUCAAUCUUUAUUCCAAAAUCACAACCAAAGUAUGUAUCAUCUAGGGUUGGUAAAUUGGUAAACAACAAAUAACAUUGAGAAUUACUGUCUUGUCAGUCUUGUUAACAUCCGUCAAUUGAAUAGAGGACUGAUACUGUCAGUCACCACUUUGGGCUCAUAUUGUGUCCACACAGGUGUUCACACUGGGGUUCACACUUUGGUUCACACUGGGGUUCAGUCAGUCUCAGCCAGGUCUGCCCCAGCCCAGGAUAAUAAACUAGCCAGACACGCUCCCUCCCUCACAGUCCCAGCCAAGGCAAGGCAGCCACAGGAUCAUGGCUCACAGCCAAGACAGGGACAUGAAAGGUGUUUGGAAAGGGGCUUUUUUUCUCCCUGCUCCUUCCUUUGCUCUCUCUGUGAGAGGAGGCUGUCAUGUCGGUGUGAAACGCAUAUGGCCGCCGUCCAGAACAGCGGGGUCUUUCCGUGCCGCCAUACUGAACCUACACAUCUGGUCCUGGUUUUCUGACUGCAACAGAGACAAGCUGUACUGAGAAACAACAGUGAAGGAACAAGGAGAUGUGCAGAAGGGAAGUGAAGGAUGAGCAGGUCCUGAACCAUAAGAGCCCCCUACAGGUGGUACUGCUACCAGAGGAGAGGGAGAGCUCCAUCCACGUUCCAUUCAGACAGCCCAGGAAGAGAAACUGCCAUGUUGAUGACACAGAGUGCACCGUGGUGUUGGAGGAUGACACUCGGCAAGAGAGGGUUUUCACACUGUAUCACUUUGACAACAACGGUAAAGUCACCAAGCAGGAUAUGUGCAGUCUCAUGCAGUCCAUCUAUGAGGUGGUUGAAGCGUCGGCCAAGCAGCCGUCAUGUAGCAGCACAGCCCUGAAGGUCAAACUGGUGUUAAGCCCCUCCAGCAGCUCUGGCCGGGGCUCCAGAACAGGUGACAGAAUGGAGGUCCAGCAGGAGGAGGCUGGGAGCCCAGAGAGGAUUUUUCACUGUGUGGAUGAAAACACAGAACGCAGGAAUCACUACUUAGACCUAGCUGGGAUAGAGAACUAUUCCUCCAAGUUUGACAAUGCAGACGCCCCCUCUCAAGAGCCCGGAGUGGACGCACGCUCAGACCAGCAGCACCGCUCAGAGUUGGUAGGGGAGAACUGCGGUGCAACUGAGUCCAGAGGUAGGGGCCUCUCCUUCAACAGGUCUCUCAGGGGCCACGUCAAGGCAGUGGGGAGAGACAGAGGAGGUGGAGGAGGAGGAGGGGGAGGACAUGGGGGUAAAUCAAGCAAGCUCCAUGGCCACCAGGCCUCCAUGUGGUGCCACUCCUCCCAGCCACACUCCCAGCCCCAACUCCCCUUACAGCACAGCCACAGUAAGAGGCUUCGCUCCAGGGCCAGAGAAGCUGGGUCCCCCUCCAGAACCCUCCACCACCUACACCAGCCUGCUUCUCAAGCUCAGCCAGGGGGAGAGAGGGAGAUGCUGCCCAGCCUGCCUGCCUCGUCUGGGGGCUUGGUCCCCCUGGCUCAGAGGCAUGAGCACCACCACGAGCACCAUCACCACCACCACCAUCACUACCACUACCACCCCCCGGCAUGACUGCAGUCUGCACUCCACUCAGGGAUACAGAGACUGAGAGAAACACCUCCCUGUGGUUUAGCCUAUAGCUAGGGCCCUGAGCCAUUCCUGGUCAGGUCAGGUGGGCCUUAGAUAUAGUAUAGGGUUGUGGGACACCACCACUCUCCAUGCUAAGGAGUAAUAGCAACUCCGUACAAAAAGGAACUGUUAUGCCUUGUAUUGAUAACUGAGUUUCAUGUUGAAUGUGCCAUGUUGAAUAUGCUACUCACCUUUGGAAGCCCUCUAAACUGAUGUUUCUUCUCAGGUCUCUAUAGUGCAGGUUGCUGAGGGGAGAACAGCUCAUAAUAAUGGCCGGAAUGGAGCCAAUGGAAUGGCAUCAAAGACCUGGAAACCAUGUGUUUGAUAUAUUUGAUACCAUUCCACUGAAUCCCCUCCAGUUAUUACCACAAGCCCGUUCUCCCCAAUUAAGGUGCCACCAACCUCCUGUGAUUACAACUUACAUUUAAUAUAAUGAAUGAAUACCUUCAUUAAGGCAAAGGUUUAAACAGAUCCAUCCCUGUAUUAGAGUUUAUGCAGUAUGUUUUGUAUUGUCUGUAUUUUGAUGUAUUAAAGCAUGAUCAACUUU